AUGCCUGCACUUCAUUCAAACGCCCCUAUCAACAUGACGCCUAAUUACUUCCAUAGCAUCGACAGUCGAAAUACCAACGCUAAAUUUCACCCAUACACGAUGAGUUUGUAUCAAGGCCAUACCAAGCACCCUGAGGCUCUACACGAAGACCGGCGGAGUUCUCCAGAGUACAUAUCGACCGUUUCCAGAUACCAACCACCCACGAUACCUACUGAAAGCUUGUUGGAAAGGAAAGUGUCAAAACUCAAGACGGAGGAAAUACACCUGUCAAAAAUUAGCACUGGCCCCGUCUCCCCCCUCUCUACCUUGGACGACCAAGCAUAUCCUGCCACUCCGAAACUCAACAUUAUUGCUACCACUCCUGCCCCAGCAGCCAUCGUUUCUCCCCUUUCCGCGGGCUCGUCACAACAAUUCCAGUCUUUCGCUACUAAUAUCUCCCCGCCCCCUGCCCACGGGAACUUUCAAAGCUCUCCACAUCCGGAUUCUGGAUUCGCAUCGGCGUCAUUAACGAAAGAAUGGAGUGAGGGAUGGACACCGAAGGUUUCCUCCUUCUCUAGAUCUAGUACUGAGCGGCCCCGACAAACACGCUUUCCGGAUGGUAGAGCCGAUGGCGCUUUGGAUUCCGGACGAUAUGAUCUUAUAUGUCCUGUUGUGGCUGGCGUUUUUGAUGAAAAAAGUCCACGCUUAAAACGAAACCCGACUUUCCGAAAACAACUCUCGAUAAACGAAUCAAAAAUGAAACCUUUGCCUCCGGCCCCAGAUAUCUCGAUCAUUCCAAAAGCGCUUCGCCAGAAGUUCACGAAAUCCGGACCACUGGCGCUACCACAUUCUCCAGAGCGAAUAUUUCUCCCCCAGAAACCAGAAGCUUCCGAUCUAUACAGCCUUGAUGAAGCAUUUCGGCGAUCUGGCCUCCUUGAAAAUGAUUCCAGCAGCUUCCCUUGUUCCCCUUUACAUCACGCCACAAUGGAAUUGGAGAGGCAACUGUCUCAAAUGUCAUCUAGUACCCCAUAUAUGAAUCCCGUGCUAUCAGAGCUUUCUCCCAGAUAUUCCAAACUAAGCAUGGGUGGAUCUUCGGCCUUACUCAAAGAAAAUUCACAUGCCCAGUCUCCAGAAAUUUUGUCGCAACAUCCAGAUCCCCUACCAACACAAUCCUGGCUGGAUCUAGAACCUACUGAGUCUAAAUCGUACCGGGGCAGUACUCUUUCUCCUCAGGAAACCUGUGCGUCGCUCGUCAACCAACAAAAUUUAAAGCAUCACCAUUCCUUCGACACAUUCUUUGAUACCCCACGACCCUCACAUUCUCGAAGUGUAUCUCUCCAGGACAGCCCUUCUUUCACCACCGAACAGUCUCGGAAAACAUUGUCUCCGAAGUCCAGGACCCAUGGGGACAAGCGCCCUCGUGUACGGUUACCACGUAUGAGAAGUGUUGAUCUCCCCUUCGGAGCACGGGAGCUUGCUAAUCUCAGUGUUGUCGUUGAGUCUCCCUCGGAAGGUGAAUGUCCCCGUACUGAAGAUAUUAAAGACUGUGUUGUACGUACAAGAAAAGAGCACCCUGGGGGGGAUCUGAGCGGUUUCAGGAUAGAGUCACCUGAUUUCUGUAUACCAGAGAACCAUACACCAAUAAUACAAAGCCCAGAAUCACAGGUACCCCUAUUUUCACAUCUACUUGACGUGUAUACCGCAUCGUGUACUCCUACUAGGACUUCCAGGGACUAUGGACAAGUGGUGAAUGAUAUACCUGCGGUAGCAGCAGAAGAAAUUGUUCUUCAGAUUCUCCGUAGCGUGGAUACCCUGGAAGACCUGUUCAGCCUUGCUGUGCUCAAUUCGGCAUUCUAUAGCAUAUUUAAGAAAAAUGAGCUUCCUCUUAUCAAGCGAAUUAUGUUUCGCGUAUCGCCAUCUGCUUGGGAAUUACGGGAGAUGAGCAUACCAUGGGAAGAUGAUGACUUUGAUGUUGGACCUGUUGACAGGCCAGUGCCGGAGUACACACCUAAUCUCUAUCUUCGCCAUUAUAUGCGAGAUCUUUGCACCAUGGUUUCUUUGAAGUGGCUGAUCCUCGUGCGGUGCGAACAUUUCCUUCGACCGGAAACUGUCCGUGCUUUAGCUGGACAGGAUGAAAAACGUUCUGCCGAACUCGACGAUGCCUUCUGGAGGGUCUGGACCUUUUGCCGACUUUUUGGCUGCGGGAAAGGUCGCGAGGAAGACAUCACUACCCAGGCAGACUGGCUGAGUGGCGGUAGCCAUGCCCGGUCAAACAAUCGAGGGUCGAGUGCCGUACUAACAUCUCCCUUGAUUGGUGAUGAGGUUCCUUUCCUCCUUCCCGAUGGGUUUGCGAGAGGGAAUGAAGGAGGCUUGACUGCAACACAAUUGUAUGAUAUGAUGGAAAUAUGGACAUGUUUAGGCGUUCUGAUUCAGGCCUUUCAUGGGAAGAAUAGCGAAGCUCGCCAAUAUGGCGUUUUUGAUGAUCUGGAUGUUGACCCGGGCACGAUGGAGGAAGAUGCUAUGCUUGAAUGCUGGACCCAAUAUUUAUUGACACUUGGACCUUCGGCUAUCCUCACGCUUUGCAACCUCAACCCGGAUACGCCAAUCGAAGAUAUGUUUUCUAGGGCCCAAUCAUUAGGCUGGACGCAAUGGACCAGUCCAACGAAAGCAAAAAGCGGAUCCAACCGGUCCUUUCUCAAAGAAGCGGUUUCUCGUGUUCACGAAAACCAGCUUGUAAGAGAAGAAGGCCGCACACAAUGCAUCACGACUCAUGCUCCCUCGGGCCUAUCGCUGGAGGUGCCGCCGUAUAGCCCAAAGCAAAGAGUGCGGUCGUACUCCGCUGGCACAAGAAUUCCUAAACAACGACGCAAAGAAUUUGCCAUUGAGAUUCGUCAAAAGAGGCAAGACAACGAAAAACCGACGCAGCGAUUGGUUCCGGCCGUGGAGGAAAGGCCCACUUCAAAUUUUGAACAAGUCAUACAGCAGCUAGAUGGGACACAACACCAAUUUCUAUCAGGACACUCUGCUUUUUACAACUAUCCUUAUCCCGCUCCAGAACGUAGGUCGGCACCUCCGCUCUAUCCCCAAGCCAUCAUCACUGCAGCACCUGCUGAAGCCGAAGAAAAAAUCCCUGUACACGACCAUCACACCUCGGUUCUUCAUCAAAAAUACUCUCACAUCCCGCCUCCCGGAUUCAUCGACCCGGCUGACCGGGCUCUGCACAAGCUCGUUCACGAAUUAGGAUUUAACGAAUCAGACGCAAAAUGGGCCUUGAAGUGCACUGACACGGGUGAAUCUGUGGAUGUUGAAGCCGCCAUUAACCUGCUGCUUCCGAAUAUCGAUACCAACCCUGCUGGAAGCUAUGGGAAUGUACUAGUUCACUCGCCACCACUGGCGCCGUCAUCGCGCCCGGUAUCCUAUUGUCUGCGGAGUGAUGCACGGCUUAUGAACAGGCUGAGUAUGGGCGAUACUGAGCAGAUCCAGAGGCCCCCAUGGAGGUGGGCGUGA